CCGAAUCGUUUAGCAGUUUCAAAAUCAAAAUUAAACACCUAUAUUUUUAUACUAUCAUAUUGCAUGAAUUUAAAUAGCUGUCAGAGGAAAUGAGGUGUAACGAAAAGGAAAUCGUUUGUUUUUCAGCUGAGCCUGGCGACAAGGAAGGAAGAUUAUUUUACAAAAGCCCUGGUUUCAGAGAAGUUUACAAGGAAAGAUGGUUUAAGCUCAAAGGAAAUCUACUUUUCUACUUUCGAUUGAAUGAACAUGGAGCAGUGUUUGAGAGUGAACCUGUUGGUGUGAUUGUUGUUGAACAAUGCAGGAUUCAGCCUGAAUUAUAUACAGAGAUAUCAAACGCCUUUUCUAUUACAUUUGUAAAGGAUUUUGAAAAAAGACACUAUUUUGGAUGUCAAACUACAAAACAGUGUGAAGAAUGGAUGAACUGUUUAAAAGUGUGCAGCUAUGAAUACCAAAGAACACGCCUAAAAGAGUUGCAAACAUUAUUAUGUCAAAGAACUGGAAUUGAUCCCCUGGCUGCAUUUUCAAAGAUAAAUGAGAAAGAAGUUGAAGAAACAGAUGCUGACAGUUAUUUCAACCAUGUUCAUUUAUUUUCUAAAACAAAAUCUGAUUUCACAAAUCACUUAUAAGCACAUGACAUUUUCGUUCUACUCAAAAAAGAAAACCUCAGGUUUACUUUAUACAUAUCUGUACAAAAUUUUUAAUUUAUUUUAAACAGAAACUAUUGUAUUUUUUGAAAUCAUAUUACACAUGUUUCCUAAUACUCUUGUUAUGCAUUUAUGCAAAGUUUUGAAAUACUCAUAUUGUUUUUAACUAAUUUAUUGUGAUAAAAUCAAUGUGAGUGUCACUUUUC